AAUGGAAAAUGUAUAAAUACCGAUGGAAGUUAUGUUUGUGAAUGUAAUUACGGUUGGCAUGGUCAAAAUUGCAAUGUUGUGUUUACGAAUUGCGAAAGAAACCCUUGCAUUCACGGUAUAUGCAAAGACAUGAUCGGAGACUAUAGCUGCGUAUGUCAAUAUGGCUGGAAAGGGAAGAACUGCAGUGAAGACAUUGAUGAAUGCCAAACGGAUUCAAAUCCAUGCAAACAUGGCAAAUGUUCGAACUUAAACGGAGGUUAUAAUUGCUCAUGUGAUUCAGGAUGGAAAGGUCCAAACUGCACUGCGGACAUUAACGAAUGCGAAAAUGGCUCAAAUCAUUGCGUGCAUGGGGAAUGUAUUAAUAUUAACGGAAGCUACAUAUGUUUGUGUAAUAGUGCGUGGAAAGGUUUCAACUGCUCAGAAGACGUUGAUGAAUGCCUGAAUAUUUCAGCAUGCAGCGUACAUGGCAAAUGUGCGAAUGUACAAGGAGCUUUUAAUUGUUCAUGCAAUACCGGUUGGGUAGGAACAAUUUGUGAUGAGGAUAUGGACGAAUGUAGUCAACAUGAUGUGUGUCUCCAUGGUAAUUGCAGUAACUCUCCAGGCAGUUACAAAUGCCUGUAUCGUCGAGGUUGGAGUGGGAUUACAUGUGAAAUAGAUGUGAACGAAUGCGAAAUGAAAGAUCUUUGUAAAAAUGGUGGGACAUGCAUAAACAUUGAUGGUGAUUAUAGUUGCUUGUGUCCUUCGGGGGUGGUCGUUGUUUCGACGCCUUGCAACAACAAUGGUGCAUGUUCAAAUAUUCCCAGGGACUUUUCGUGCACGUGUUACAGUGGCUGGACAGGAUUUAAGUGUGAUGUAGAUAUUGAUGAAUGUAUAUUUUCAUCGCCAUGUAAUGGAAAUGGUGUAUGCAGCAAUUCACCAGGGGGCUACCAAUGUAGUUGUCUUAGUAGCUGGACAGGUGCAGACUGUGAAUCUGAUAUUGAUGAAUGUAACCAAAAAGUGUGCAUCAAUAACUCAACAUGCACUAACACAAAUGGAAGUUAUAUAUGUGAUUGUUUAAACGGAUGGAAAAGGCAGAACUGCUCCGAGGAUAUUAACGAAUGUGCCCCUAAUCCAUGCCAGCAUCAUGGGGUAUGUAAUAACACACAGGGCGGAUACGACUGCAUUUGCUUGAACAACUGGACCGGAGUUAACUGCAGCAUUGACGUCGACGAGUGUGAAAGAAAUGACGUGUGUAUCAAUGGAAUAUGCCAAAAUUAUGAUGGUGGCUAUAACUGCACAUGUGUCUCCGGUUGGAAGGGAUCAAAUUGUUCACAUGGUGUUGACGAAUGUACAAGCAUGCCCUGUCUAAAUGGAGCAUUUGUUGGAACGCAGAUGGUUUCUUCAACUGUUCAUGUCCUCAAGGAUAUAAGGGACGCGUUUGCGAUAGUGACGUCGAUGAAUGCGAAACUGACUUUCAUAUCUGUGAUAAUAACGGUACAUGUAUGA